AUGGACAAAGAGACUUUGUCGACUGCGGUUACCCUCGCCUUGGCACCUGAAUCGACAGACGCCGCCCUCCAUGCUCGGUAUCCGAACUGUCUCCUCCUUCCCCAUGUCCUUCGAACCAUUUUCGACUCUAGCUUGGCCCAAUGCUGUGGGACGUGGCGGCGCGUGUCAGCUCACAGUCCACUCAAGCCUCGCGCAAACCCAUGCUCGACUGCGCCUGUGGCCUGCCCGCGCAUCUCGCCACUCGUUGAAACCACCAGCCCUUGUGUUGCCGAGGUGCCUCUUGAUCUCUCUCCUCACUUCGCGAUGCGCUGGGUUCUCGGCCUUUUUACAGCGGCCCUGCCGGCCCUCGUCACCUCCAAGGCGCCUACCGAUUCGACUCAGGACGUCGACGUUUCGCAGUCUGGCUAUCUGCCCAACCACAACCUGAACCCCAACACCGUCACCUCGGGCUUCCGCAACCUCUGGGAAUGGCAGGCCGAAGACAAUCAGGAGCUGUUCCUCGCCAAACCCCUCGUCUACACGCCUCCUGGCGGCUCCGAGUUGCUCAUCACCUCUUCUGAAAAGAACAAUGUCCGCAUCUUCGACGCCAAGACCGGCUCCCUCAUCCGCAUACGACAGCUGCAAGCCCCCUUCAACCGUGACGAUGCGAACUGCGGUGACAUUCCCAACUGGAUCGGCAUUACUGGCACUCCCAUCAUUGACACCGCUACCGGCAUCAUGUACGUCUUCUCAAAGGGCUACCGCGAUGGUUUCACCUCGGGACAGAUCAACGGCGUCUACAAAAUGUAUGCUCUGCGGUUGCCCUCGCUCGAGGACGUUCCAGGAUUCCCCACCUUGAUCGAUGGCGCCAAUGCCGACAAUGAUCCCGCCCGUUACAUCAUCGGCGGCGUCGCCCUCCAGCGACCUGCUCUGUCCGACGUGAACGGUCACAUUGUUGCUGCCCGGCGUUGGCGUCACCAGCAUGUGGGCCACCGAGUCCGCCCCCGGCGCCCCGACCCCCAGCCGCUCGACAUUACCGUCGAGCAGGGAGGCAAGGCUGGCAUUUGGCAGGGCGGCGUCGGCCACGCCGUCAUUGGCAGCUCCGUAUUCUUUGUUGCUGCCAACGGCAUGGGCAAGCACAACGGCAACGUUCCCGCCAGCGGCCGUGCGCCGUGCUCGACCCUAUCCCACUCCACGGUCAGGAUGGAGCUCUCGCCCGAGGGCAAAUGGCGCCAGGUCGACUAUUUUCAACCCUAUGACUACUCCGGUCUCAAUGCCGGCGACCGCGACGUCGGCUCUUCGGGUCUGGCGCUCUUGGAUGGGUCUGUGUUCCGGGGCGCUGGCGUGGAUCGCAUGGGUAUCAUUGCCGGCAAAGAAGGUCGCGCUUAUCUUCUCAACGUCAACGAUCUCGGCGGCUUCCGUAACGGCCCUGGCGCUGGCGACAACACCAUCCAGACCAUUGAGCUCGGCGGUGCUGUCUAUGGUGCGUUUGGCAGUUAUCCUCUCGAGGGCGGUUACAUCUACUCCGCGACCAUUGGUGGGCCAAUGAAGGCUUUCCGCCUGGGCCAUGACGCUGCUGGGAGGCCUGUCUUCUCGCUUGCUGGUCAGUCCGCCUGGACCGCUACUGCUUCACGUAUCGGCUUGGGCCAGGUCACCGUGACAUCGGACAACGGCCAGCCCGGCACUGGAAUUGUCUGGGUAACCGACAUGACUCUCGGUCUCGUCGCGUUCCGCGCCAUCCCUGAGAACGGUGUUCUCGUUCCGAUUCAGCUGCCCUCCGGUCUUCGUGGUGCCAACAAGUUUCAGCGUCCCGUCUUCGGUGAUGGCCGCGUGUAUUAUCAAGCCACAACGAACAGGCUCUACUGCCUCGGAACAUCCGUUAACCAGGCCAUUACCUGUUCUGACGUCGAUUUUGGCACUGUUGAGCUCGGCUCGGCCACUUCGGCCACUGUCAGCUGCACAGCCCAGACGUCUGUUACAGCCAUCAAGGGGUGUUCCGUGUCCAACCCCUCUUUCAUCUGCAACGACUCAACGCUUCCCAAAGGCACUAUCUCGGCUGGCACAUCCUUCACGUUCGGCGUCACCUGGGAUCUUGAAAACAACGCGGCCGGCAUUUUCCCGGGCUACGUGAGUGGAUCUCUGACACUCGGACUUACUGCACCCGCCCAAUUUGCCGCCGUGUCUAUCGUCUCGCUUGAGGGUACGGUAGUCAACCGAGGCCCGUUCCUGCACUCUCCCUCAACCAACGUACCCCUGGGCACCGUCGUCCUUCGCCAGGAUGGUCUGACUACCCUUUCUGCCUCUGCCGUCCUCGCCAAUGUCGGCAACAGCAGCCUGACAAUCGACGGGCUGGCCUGGCAGACUGCCGGGGGCGCAUACAACAAUGUCAGCGGACCCUCCGAUCUCGGCUCUGGUUUCUCUUCAACUGCCUUCCCCGUGAUUGGAUCCAAGAUCGACGCUGGCGCUGAGACCUCGCUUGGUUUCCUCUUCGAUGCCGAUGCGGUCAACUUGGAAGUAGGCGCGUACACCUCCACUGUCACCGUCUGGUCUGACGGCGGUGUGCUGACCUUUGAGCUCACGGCCACCGUCGCGAGCCCGCCAGUGGUAGCGUUCGAAGUGGCGGACGGCCAAGGUGGUUGGAACUCUCUGUCGCCUCACUAUACCGUGCCUUUUGGCGACGUCACCACUGGCGGCUCCGCCGAGACCCAGAUUCGCGUCUGUAACCGUGGCGGCUCGCCCAUGACUGUGACCAUCUCGAAGGCCCCCGACAGCGAGCAGCUUCGAGCCCUGAACCCCGAUCACGAGCUUGGUGAAGGCCUUCAGAUUAGGGCUGAUGACUGCGCCAUUGGCACAGUAGGCGUUCGUGCUGGCCCCAUCCAACCUAAUACGCCUGCUCUGAACAUUCGGGGCACAUGGACUCUGACGACGAACGGACUUGACCCGAGCACUGGCGAGGAUGCGGGUCUCAAGGACAUUCUCUUCACGGCUCGUAUCGUGCCCCGCCAACUCGGCCCCGUCCUGGGAAACGGCGAGGCUCGUUACCAAUACGUCGGCUGUUUUGCUGACACUCGCAUGGGCCGCAACCUGCAGACGCAGGUCAACGACGGAGCGCAGCAAUUGACCAAUACCAUUCAGCAGUGCACACAGCUCUGCCGCGACCGCGGCUUCAUCUUCUCCGGCAUGCAGUACCGCCGCGAGUGCUGGUGCGGUGGACCGCCCCAGAACAUUAGGUAUCCCCAGACAUACACCGACCCUGCCGAGAACCGAUGCACGUUUGGAUGCAUGGGAGACGAGACACAGGCUUGCGGUGGUGAUGGCGGCCACAUGAGUCUGUACGCUGAUGUGACCGCCUUUGACAUUGCUGCUUUCCUCGAGUCCAUUGGUCAGGGUACUACACCUGGCACUACGACGACGACUGUCGCCACUACCACGGCUGUCACGACGGCUGUCACGACGGCUGUCACCUCGACUACCGUCGUGACGACCUCUGUCGUUGUGACUAGCGCCACCACUUCGGAUGAGCCCGAGUCCUCGGCUGAGCCUAUUUCGUCUGCCGCACCUGACACUACCACUAGCUCCGCCGCUACCCCUACCGGCGCCUCGCCUCUAAACCCCAACCAGCCCGCUCUCGUGAACAAUGAGUGGGAGUACGCGGGCUGCUUUAGCGACCUGGUAAAUAACGUUCGUACGCUCGGUGCAUCCCAGACAGCGUCCGACGACAUGACUCUCGAGAAAUGCGGUGCUUUCUGCAGCGGCAACGGAAAGCCACACAACUACUUCGGUCUCACAUAUGGCCGGGAGUGCUUCUGUGGCUGGUCUCUCGACGCAGCUACUCUUCGCGCCCCCGAAUCUGACUGUUCCAGUGCCUGCAUCGGUUCAUCCAACGGUCUUUGCGGUGGCUGGCGCAAGCUGUCCGUCUUCCGCAAUGUCGAGGUCCACACGCCCCCAGCAGGCCCUGAGCACGUUCAGCAGGUUCUCGACUACCAAUGGGAAGGUUGCCAGACCGAGGCUACAACUGGCCGCGCCCUUUCAGGCAAGAGCUUUGCCUCCGACACCUUGUCUGUCGACUCUUGCGCAGCAUUCUGCGCGCUGCAAUACUGUGGUGCCGGUAGCCGCUUGGACCUCUACCGUCUUGAGCCCGGCUCCGGCUCGCCAUCCACCACCGUCGAAUCUCCGACAACCGUUCCAGCGACUUCUGAGCCUCCUAGCGUCCCUUCAUCAACUGAGGUCGCCUCGACUGUGGCCUCCGGUGUCAUUUCCGGCGAAGCCCCUGUGUCCAGUGCUGAGCCCACAUCAUCAGAACUGCCAGUCUCCUCAGAGACACCCGUUUCCGCGGAGCCGUCAGUGACAUCCAUCGCCCCUGUUUCAUCUGACACGCCUUCUUCUUCGGAACCUGCUGCCUCCUCUGUGGCGGCAGUCUCUUCCGAGGCUCCUACUUCCUCUCCGGCGCCCAUCUCCUCCCAGGCGCCUACUUCUUCCGCUGCCGUCUCGAGCGUAGAGACUAUCUCAAGCAUCGAACCUUCGGCUAGCUCCGAAUCCGUUUCGUCUGAAACGUCCGCCUCUUCCCAGGUUGUCAGUUCGGUUGAAGAAUCAAGCACUAUUCAGUCUAGCAUUCCCGAAUCUAGCACGAUUGCUGAAUCGAGCACUAUUGUCGACGUCCCUACCUCGUCCUUCCUCAGCGUUCCCAGCGUCUCCGCUGAGACUUCAGUCUCCAGCUUCUUCACUAGCACGAUCGAAAGCUCGUCUUCCGGCCCCACGGCAACCCCCACCAACGGUUACUAUUACGUUGGCUGCUUCCAGGACACAAAUUCUGGCCAUGCCCUGCCUCACCUGCUGUCCAACCGCAGCGUCACGCCCGAACUCUGUUUCGACUUCGCACGCCAACGUGCCUCCAACGCCCCAACCCCCACUGCCGCACCGGCCUACGUCUUCAUCGAGUACCAUCACGAGUGCUACGCUGGCAAUACCUUUGACUUCAAGGGCAGUGCAGUCACGUCUCUGAUCGGCACCCGCGCCUGCACAAACUACUGCUACGGCAGUGUGCUGACCUACACGACGAGCGGCACCACCACCGUGACAACCAAGACGGACAACUGUUGUGGUGGACCGAAGAUGUUUGAUCUGUACGCGACGACGCUUCCGGUAGACUUCCCUACAACGGGUGGCCCAUUAACAACAAAAGUAACGGGUACGCCGAGGCCAUAA